GCCGGAAAUAGGCCUGUGCCUGUCCCUGGUGCAGUGCGUCGCCAAGCCUUCAAGAAGAGCAGCCUUCCCCGCUCCUCCGUCUCGCUUCCAUCUUGGCCCGUUCUGUCUUUGCCCGUCUCGGCCACCGCUUCCACCAACCGCUCCCCCGCCGUCUGCACUCCAUGAGCACCGACAUCGACCCCGAAACCGACCCUGCGGCCCGCGCCGCCACCCCCGCCGACGACGCUGCUCCUGAGAUCCUCAAGGAGUUCCACAUCUUCAUCUCAUACCGAGUGCGGACCGAUGCCGCCCUGGCCGAGCGUCUCUGCGACAAGCUCCAACUGCUCGACCUGACCAGGGAGUCGGGCGAGUCCUCGGCCAUUCGCAUCAAGUGUUUCUUUGACAAGCAGAACCUGACCAUCGGCGAAGGCUAUGAGAACCAGUUCCUGUCGUCGCUCCAGGCCAGCUGCCUGUUCAUGCCGCUGAUCUCUGAGGAGUGUCUGAAGCCCGUCUCCAAAAUGGGCGAGGGCAGCAAGGACAAUGUUCUCCUCGAGUGGGAGACAGCCCUGCGCCUGCACGGCGACAAGAAAAUUGAAAUCAUUCCGCUGCUCAUCGGCUCGAACGCUACCGAUGUCUCUGGCGGUCGUGUCUACCACCGCUUCAACGGCUUCACGAUUCCCAUGCCCUCGGUCCACUCUGCCACCAAUCCGACCAGCACCAUCGCCGACACCAUCAAGAGGAUCUUUGGCAUCCAGGGCAUCUUCCUCGACCCAGAAGACUUUUCAGAUAAGCUCGGCGUUAUCAACAGCCGCCUCUCGAAGGAUAUCUGGCCUCGCUUCCGAUCGCAGUGGAAAGAUCUUGAGGCCCUGGGCGCCGAGCCUAUCUUUGGCUGUGUGCAGUGCGGCAAGGACUACAAGGUCUCUGAGAACGCCGACGGCAGCUGCCGCUUCCAUCCAUAUCCACCAGGCUAUCGCGGAUACAGCUGCUGCGAUGAAAAAGAUCCCAACAAAGGUUGCUUAAGAGGAAAGCACCGCAACAAGCAUCACAACGACUAUGCGUACGAGCGUUUCUCGAACUGGCUCAUCGGCAUCGUUAAUAACACCGCCAUGUCGGAGCUCCUCACUGAAAUUUCAUGCGACGACUGGGAAAGAGGUGUCGGCGACGCCUGCUGGAUGUCCGUCGGCCGGGUUAUCGGAUACGACAAUCCAGAGUACGGCAAGAUCUAUGUUCGCGCGCGUAUCAACGAUGGCCACAACGGUCGAAUGUUCUUCAACACCUUCUCGCCCAGCGAUCUGGAAGGGUUCGAUCUGCGCAGCCCCAUUACCGCGCUUGACGUCAAGGGCGGUUACAUAGCCAAGGCCACAUGGAUUAUUGAGAACGAAGACAUUGUCGGCAUCGAGAUGACCUGCCAGACGCCCUCGGCUUCCACGCCCGCUGUCGCUCAAAUGCGCUUCAAGUGGCCCGAGAACGACUCCGACGGCGGCCCCAUUAUGAUCGACCAGACCGUUGUCUCCAAGCCCCAUUUCGGUGAGCAAAAAAGCUCUGGCCAGCGACAGCUUCCCGACAACUUGACCAAGGGCCCGGUCAUGCAUCUUCCUGUCCCCCGCGCUGCCGAAAAGUUCAACUCCUGGAGCGACCGAAGCCCCCUCCGCAUCAAGGUUUCCAAGACUUACCAGACUCAUGACAACUACCGCAACUGCGACUACUAUGGCUGCGAGGUCCUCAAUUUCGUCAAUCCCACGGAUAAGCAGAUCGGCAUCCUCGAGGUCACAGCGUUCUGGCGAGUGCGCGACACCAAUAUCGACCCCCAGCUUAUCUUUGGCGAGGGCACGACCGAGUCCCUGGACACUUGGCGCCAAGUUCCCGCCGAAGGCAUCUACUCCGAGCACAUUCCCUCGCCCGUGCCGGCGCAGUCGACCCUGGGUGUCAAGGUCUCGGCCCGCAUCCCGACGCCAAGCGGCAGCGACAAAGCCAGCUACGAGUGGCGCAAUAUCGGUUUCCUCAUCCGCCACUCGCCUAUCCUCGUCGACUUUGUGUUUGAGGAUCUGGAUGGCAACAAGUGCGGCAUCACCGUCGAGUAUGUCUGCCCCAAAAUGCCGUUCGUCGACCGCAUAUCCAGCGACACCAUGUCCUUCUUCCCAGUCUUUGACAUGGUCGAGUGGAGUGUCGAUCACAUCGAGCUUAUGCACACGGAUGUCUACCGCAAGACCAUCAGUGAGAUCGAGUCAGGCGCCUCCGAGAUCACCUAUCCUGGGGGCGACGACGUCAUCUUUUCGAUCAAGUUCCGGAACAUUUGCUACCAGUUCCGAACGCCGACCCUGCGAAGCUACGUGCUUCGCGCCAUCAAGGAAGGCAACAACGUCAUUUCGGUCAUCCAGGAGGGCCAGGCCGAGCUCUUUGCCAUGGUCGACACCGAGACCCGAACGGUCUAUGCCUUCCGGAUCACGGCCGAGUCCAACACCAACAGCAACGUCUUCUACUUCCCCAUCGCCGACUAUGGCGAUGCGCUUCUCGCGGAUGCCCCGAUCGCGGAUCGCUCUGGAUGGGCUGCUCCCAACAUUGACGGCGAGUACUUGGAGCGAGGCUAUUUCGUCGUCCAGGGCGAGAAGGGCAUCGUCUACGAGAACAAGCCGCAGACAAGCUUCGAGCCUCGGUUCAAGCCCGAGCCGCAGCCCGCGGCCGGUGCCUCAGCCGGCCCUGCAGCAGCCAUCGCCGGGUUCCUGAGCGACCCACUUGCCCAGGCUGCUGUUGCUGAGAUCGUCAAGCGCGAGGUUCAGGAACAACUGAGCGGAUUCGAAGCCAAACAGAACAGCCUGAUCAACGAGCGUUUUGACCGAAUCGAAGCACUCCUGGCACGAAGCCAAAACGAAUCGGCUGCGGCGAUUGCUGCCGCCACUGCUGCGGCCGAUUCUGCGACUGCGGCUGCGGUUGCGGCCACCACAGCUGCUAACAACAGCGAAGUGAGCCGUGGUGCUGCUGCUGCUGCUGCUGCUACAACCGUCACGGUGGUCCCAGCCGAGCUGUCCGAACAGCAUCUGCACGUUGUCGACCAGAUCCAGAGCGUGGUCGUGCUCGAGCUGCUUAACCACAAGACAAUCAUCGAGGAGCGCCUGAACCAGUUCUUGAACGAUAUCACCAAGCGCAUCAGCGGCCCAGGAGGCAGCGGUGGUGACCAGAGCGCACCGCCCUCGCGCCCUCCGAGUGGAGGCGGUAUUGCGUCGUGGCUCUGGAAGCCCAACCCUUGAUUUGGUUGAUGGUUGAUGGUUGAUG